AUGGACAUCCAGAAGCAGAUCGCCGCUCCUCGUCACAUUGGUUCGACGUCCCACACCAAAAACGUCAACGUCAACGGCGACAGAACAGCCUGCAUGAAGAGAUGGCUCGCCGAGUCUCCACGCGAAGAGUUCUGGAACCCAGUCUCGAGGUUCUCUGGGACAGCGACCGCAAGAACCACGUCGGUCAAGAUUUGA